AAAGAAAAAAAAAAAUAUUAUAAAAAAAUUUAAAUGAAUCAAUAUAAACUGAUUAGUAAGAAAGGAGAAGGUACAUUUUCAGAAGUAUUAAAAGCCCAAUCAUUAAAAACGGGAAACUUUGUGGCAAUAAAAUGCAUGAAAAAUCAUUUUAAUUCAAUAGAAUAAGUAUAACGUUUAAAAGAGAUUUAGGCUUUAAAAAAAUUAUCGCCACAUUAACAUAUAGUUAAAUUAAUUGAAGUUCUCUAUGAUGAGCCAACCGGUAGAUUAGCUUUAGUAUUUGAAUUGAUGGAUUAGAAUUUAUACGAGGCUAUAAGAGGUCGUAAAUAAUACUUAAAUCCUUAAAAAGCUAAAUUUUAUAUGUACUAACUAUUAAUAGCAAUAGAUCACUUACAUAAAAAAGGAAUAUUUCAUCGAGAUAUAAAACCAGAAAACAUCCUAUUAUUAGGCGACCAUAUAAAAUUAGCAGAUUUCGGUUCAUGUAAAGGUAUAUAUUCGGAACAUCCUUAUACAGAAUACAUAAGUACAAGAUGGUAUAGAGCACCAGAAUGUUUACUUACAGAUGGAUAUUAUACUAGCAAAAUGGAUUUAUGGGGUGUAGGUUGUGUAAUGUUUGAAGUGAUGAGUUUGUUUCCCUUAUUUCCGGGCAAUGAUGAAUUAGAUUAAGUUCAUAAAAUCCAUAAUGUUAUAGGAACACCAAAUUCGAAGAUUUUGGAGGAAUUUUAAAAACAUGCGACUCAUAUGGAGUUUAAUUUCCCUUUGAAAAAAGGGACUGGUAUUGAAAAAUUAGCGCCUCAUAUUCCUAAAGAAUGUAUUGAUUUAAUUUAAAGGUUACUUAUUUAUGAUCCGAAGGAAAGAAUCACGGCUGAAGAAGCACUAAAGCAUAUUUUUUUUAAAGAUUUAUAUUAAAUGGAUUAAGAAAAUGCAAUCUUUUAAAAUGCUUUGGGGUCUAAAAGUAUUUCUGGAAAUAAUAAUGUGAAUUCUUAGACGAAAUUAGAUGGAUCUUAGAUGGUUAAUGACAAUAAUAAAAAUUCACUUAAAUAAUAAUUUCAGUAAUUAGCAGGGAGUAAUGUUUCUAAUGUUAAUUUUAAUUAAACCCUUAAAUAAUAAUAAUAAUAAUAAUAAUAAAUAAACACUUAACCUGAAAACGUUUUUUAUCCAGUCCUUUCGAUUAAAAAAGCGACUAAUCCUUAUCAUAAAAAGAAAGCGUCAAAUAAAAAAAUUAACUCCUAAUAUCCUUCUCUAAAUGUUAAUUUAAAAAUUGAUGGAAAUUAUAAUAAUUCGGGAACCGAUGAAGAUAUUGAUAGCAAAAAUAAACAUUAGUUCCUUCCACCUAUCAAAAAUUAAACUAAUAUGAACUCUAUUAUGUAAAUUGAUGCGAAAAUUAAUCUCUAUAAAGGUUAAAAUACACUCAAAGCUAAAUAAGUUAAUUAUGGUGUAUUCUAACAUAAUGUUUAAAAAAAAAAUAAGAAAUAUAAUGAAGAUUAUAUUAUUUUUGGGAAAAAAGCUAAUUUAAAAUAAUGA